AUGUGUAGCACACGGUUCAAGAAUACCAACCCUUCCCGUCUUUAUCAAUUACCUGUGUUUAUACAUAUAUCCAUGACCUUCUCUCUCCACUUCCCAUUGACAAUGUCGAAUCUUGAUUUCUUCCUUCAAAUACACUUCUAAUAAUCCUUUAAAUUAACCUCUAUGAAUACCCAUUAUCCCAUUUCAUCUAUGGCUUCUUCUAUAGAUUUUGAUAGAUUUAAGGUGAUUCCACUCUCCCUUACUUCCAUCUGCAGUUGCCACUCUCAUCAUCUUCCUUCUACAUCAUCUCAAUUUCAUCAUUCUUCCACAAGAACCUUAAGUUUAAGCCGACCCAGAUGUUCAAUUUCAAGAAUUGGGUUGUUUCUUGAUGGGUCCAGAGUUACAGAGGUUUCGGGUAUACCAAGAAGCAUCUUCUUGAAACACCCUCGAAUUAUCACAGCUGUUGCUCGUGCUGAACCGGGCCACCUUUUCGAUGAUGAAUCCAAAGAGGAAGUUAACAAACGCAACAGUACACCGGUGGGGGAAAUUCCCACUGCUGAACUUAAGGAGAAAAAUAGUCAAUUGAAGAAAAGGGUAGUCUUUGGACUUGGCAUUGGUAUUUUAGUCGGAGGUGUGGUAUUGACUGGAGGAUGGGUUUUCACUGUUGCCCUUGCUGCUGCUGUUUUUGUGGGUGCACGAGAGUACUUUGAACUGGUUAGGAGUCGUGGAAUUGCUGAUGGAAUGACUCCUCCUCCUCGAUACGUAUCAAGAGUUUGCUCUGUCAUCUGUGCUCUCAUGCCUGUAGUCACACUAUAUUUAGGUCACAUUGAUGUUUCUGUUACCUCUGCGGCCUUUGUUGUUGCAAUGGCACUGCUGAUGCAAAGGCGAAUUCCUCGUUUUGCUCAACUUACCAGUGCCAUGUUUGGGCUCUUCUACUGUGGCUAUCUCCCUUGUUUCUGGGUUAAGUUGAGAUGUGGUUUGGCAGUACCAGCUCUUAACACUAGACUGGGAGCAUCAUGGCCUGUCAUUCUUGGAGGCCCAACUCAGUGGACCGUGGGGCUUGUGGCAACCUUAAUUUCAAUCAGUAGUAUCAUUGCAGCAGAUACAUUUGCUUUUAUUGGAGGCAAGGCUUUUGGUCGGACACCACUUACUAACAUUAGCCCAAAGAAAACUUGGGAAGGAGCUCUUGCAGGCUUAGGAGGUUGUAUAGCCACUUCUGUGGUGUUAUCACGAACGUUCUGUUGGCCUACAUCCACAUUAAGUGCGGUAGCUUUUGGAUUUCUGAACUUUUUUGGAUCUCUCUUUGGUGACCUCACUGAGUCGAUGAUCAAACGUGAUGCGGGUGUGAAAGACUCGGGAUCUCUCAUUCCUGGACACGGAGGAAUACUGGACAGGGUGGACAGCUACAUAUUUACGGGGGCAUUGGCAUACUCUUUUGUGAAAAUGUUGUUACCACUUUAUGGAGUUUGAUGAACCUAAUAACAAUUCCCUGCAAAGAAAAAAAAGAUACUUCAUGGCUGUUUUCUUAACUGAGGAGCAAGCACAAGGUGACAUAAUCAGUACUGUAGAGCAACAUCCGACAUAUGAGGUUUGAUUGUGAAGGUAAGUUAAGUUCCACACGAAAAAAUUCUGGUUGCAUUGCAACUCAACAAGUUUCUACUGUUUCAUAUACCCGAUUCCUAGAUUGAGGAAGUGACGUUUAUUGUAGUUUCAGCACUUUAGGGUGACACAACAGGGAAAGAAUCCAGCAAUCCACAUGAUGUUUGAGGAUAUCAGUGUUGAGUAGCUCCCCAUUGUGAUAUUAGAAUCAUUGCAUCAUUUUGAUACACUCUUGAGUGUAUAUUUGUUUCGUAUUCUAGAAAUGUCGCAAAAAUUAUUAGGUUUAUAUCUUGAUUUAUUCAGUCUUUGCUUAAUUUGUUGAUAUAAUUACAGGUGCCGCGACAUCUUAAUAAUGGAAAUGGCAAGAUUUAACAUUUUUCCAAGUCAUGUAUGAAAAUAUUGAA